CGCCGCAGCAACACGUCGUCCGCGUUCGAUCUUCACGAAAAUGGAAUCGAUCGCACGACCCAAAGUAAAGCAAAUGGGACUCGCAAACUAGACUGGAGCAUUCCGCAACCGAAAGUCCGCUAAACGAUGUGUCAACAGAACAAAUAGAGACAAUAAAUUUAACAGAGUGCACGCGCGAUUUCAGUUUAAGUUUUCAGUUAGAGCCUUCCUGUAAAUGAAACAUGCUGACACAUCUGUUUGUUCGCAUGAAAGUGACUGUAUUGUGACAUUUUGAAAUCGAUAGUAUUGUUAAUUGAGGCGCGGAGUGUACUCGCCGCUCGGCCGGUGCAAGUCGGAUAUUGACUUUGAAAAUAUUACCGAAAUACUCAGUGUUGUGUGUUUGUGGGAUUUUCAACGGGAGCUGUGAUUUAUUUUGUUUUCGUCGAAAUUAUACAAAGCAGUAAAGAUGAACCAAAAGUGCAAAGUAUGCGGAGAGCCGGCGGCGGGCUUUCACUUCGGCGCAUUCACAUGUGAAGGAUGCAAGUCAUUCUUCGGGCGUUCGUACAACAACCUCAACUCCAUAACCGAGUGCAAGAACAACGGAGAAUGCGUCAUCAACAAGAAGAACCGGACUGCGUGCAAAGCGUGCCGGCUGCGCAAAUGUCUCAUGGUCGGAAUGUCCAAGUCCGGCUCGCGGUAUGGUCGGCGCUCCAACUGGUUCAAGAUCCACUGUCUGCUGCAGGAACAGCAGCAGGCGGCGCAAUCGAGAUCGCCACCCAGAGUGCCACCUUCACCACAUCAUCUUGCGCCACCUUUUCCACCGCAUCUCUUCCCGGGGCUGGCGAGACCGAGGACGAAAGAGGAGCUAGCGUUACUUGGGCUCGACGACUACAAAGCACCCUGUUCCGGCUCACCGGACUCUCAUCGCAGCGGAUCCUCUCCCAAACUUGAUGAGAAGUCGCGGCUCACACAAUCGCGGCCGCCGGAUAGGCCACUAACGCCUCCGAGAGAUGCGUAUGUCCCGCACCCCUUAGCCAAUAUUACCUUGCCCCAUUUCCCCCAUUCGCCAUUCUUACCCCCUCCGCCAUUCAGUCCGUUCGCUGCGAACCACCCUCUUCUAUUCCCGCCCGGCUUCCACCCUAUAUACUCUAGACAUUUGCUGGACCACGCUGCGCUAAGGCAGGCGGCUGAGAACAACAACGACGUGAGAAUCGAUGAUCACAAUGCUGACUCAUCGAAGCGUUUCUUCUUAGACGAGAUUUUGAAACAUCAGCGAUCGACUCAGCCCACACCACAGGAGGACGUUAUAUCGGAAGCCGAAUUUGUUCCUACACCACCAGCGGAAAGGAGAACUUCAGAAUCGCCGCUCCAGGAGAACCCCAUGGAUCUCUCUGUCAAGUCCGACGGCAGGUCUAGCUCGGCACGACGGAGAUCCGAUGACAGUGAAAUUAUAGCACCGGACAAUGAAGACGGGGACUCUGUGAGCGCGGGCGGCUCCGUCAGCGAGGAGGAGGAUAUGGCGUACACGCAGAUCAAAAGAAUCAAACUGCACCCUCUAGACUUGACGACCAAAGUGUGACGUCUCCUUUAUAGACAUUAAUAAAUAUCGUUACGAUGAACUGUAUAUUAUAUUGUUAUUAAGAAAGGCCAGUAAAUCGGAUUGUGAUUUUAAAAAUAAGUAUAAAAAUGACUUUUUGGGCGAAGUUUGUUUGUUAUCGAUUGAUUAAAGAGUCUAUCCCAAAUACGUAAGUUAAGUAGCGUUUAAUGUGUUGAAGAUAGUUAGGCCCGGUUGAAGGUUCGUGUACAAAAUCUGUUGUAAAUAAUAAAUUAUUUCGUAACUUGUAAGCGAUAGGUUAAUUGUUGGGUUACAGUGAAGUACAGCCGGGUGUCGUGACUAACUUUUGCUUCACAAAUGGAUAAAUAUAUUUUUGUAUAAUUUGGAAUAUAAUUUAUUUGAUUUAGCAGAAUUUUUUCAUUGUUUUUGUCAUGACGUUUGUGGAUUUUUAAAUGUUCGUACGUUCGGGUGCAAAGUGAAACUAUCGCUAUAUUAUGUAAGUUAAUGCUAAAACUGCACCUGAUUUUAUAUAUAUUUUUAUUACUAAAAUCUUUAUAUUAUAUUUGUAUGAGAUGUAUACUCGAUGUAUUUUACAUUCCUAUGGAUUUGCUCAAAGUAACAACAUUAGUUUGUCUCUCUUAUGUACUCAAUAUAGUGAAAUUUAAUCUCGAUCACAUACUCAGAUAAAGUAAUUUACCAGUGGUACGUUUGUAUAUAAUUAAUUAUAAGUAGCGUGUUUUUUUUUAAUUGUGUUUACAAAAUGUUUUGUAAAGAAAUGCAU